AUGCCAUUCUUUGCCAUUAAAGGAUGUGACGUUGAUGACAAUGAGAAUAGAUAUACAACAUGGCAACCGGAAGAAAAUAGAGAAAAGAGGAAUAAUGAGAGGACGAGAAGAAAAUUUCGUUUCUUGGACAUGUUGUCCCUAAGGGAGGUGUUGCCAUUUAUGUCAUCUUCUUUUCCAUCAUCCACUCUGUGGAAUAUCACCAACAUUUCCAACCUUAUAUAUAAAUAUGUCCGAUUGGCCGCCUCUCUCUCUCAAUCGCUCAUCUCUCGGCCACAAUCGAAAACCCUAGACAUCUUCUUAUCUAUCUCUGUUGAUCGGCUUCUUGUUGCCAUCAGCUCUCUACAACUUUCAAGUUGGAGUGUUUGUGAAAGUCAAAGCGUUUUUUAUGUCCGAGCAGGCUAUCCUCUACUUAGGGUCUAUCGGGUUGUUGGGAGAAUAUUGUCCUAUAUUCAAGGAGAAAACUCCUUCCUCUACAAAACCAAUCACCUGUAUGCAUCGAGCGCCAUUUCAGGACCACACUGA